CCUUCUCCCAUUCAAACAGUUCUACCUCUCUCGAGCCUCAUCCUAUUUGAACACCAUGUCCGUCAUCAGCCUCCAGACUUCCCUCAACAACGUCAAGCCCCAGGCCAAGGUUGGCGAUGAGAUCCCCGUCUUUGACGUCAAGGAGGACUCCCCUGGCGAGACCAAACCCCUGAAGUUGACCGGAAAGAACAUCAUCAUCGGUCUCCCCGGUGCCUUCACCACUCCCUGCAACGGGCACGUCCCCGCAUACAUCAGCAACUACGACAAGUUCAAGGCCAAGGGUGUUGAGAACAUCUACGUCAUUGCUGUGAACGACGCCUAUGUCACCAAGGCAUGGAAGGAGGCAUUGGCGCCCAACGGCACCGAUAUUCACUUCAUCGCUGACGACACUGGAAAUGUCAUCUCUUCCCUCGGCUUCUUGUUUGAUGCUUCUGGCGGACUCGGUGGACCCCGAUCGAAGCGAUUCGUUCUCGUCACCGACGGCCACAAGAUCACCAGCGUCUCUGUUGAAGAGGAGGUGCCCAAAGUCACUGUCACAAGCGCCGAUUCCAUCCUCGCCAGCUUGUAAAUCUGAAUCUCCAGCAAUUUGUAUGUCUAUUGGACUUUGGACUGUUUUAUAGAGUAAAUAAAAUGUAGCAUUUUGGUUCCCUUC